AUGUACGCGCUGAACCCCUCACUCUUGCCCUUGGGAUCUUCCUCGGACCUCACCAACUUUCCAUUAGCCUCCCGUAGGGGCUCAAACUCCUUCAGCGCCCCAUUUCUUGUCAGCGAGGACGAUGCGCAUGCGCAGAGCACCACCUUGUUUGGCAGCACUGCGGAGACGGCGGCUUCCGUGAGUCUCCAGCCGAGCACCACAGAGGCUGUGGCGGAGUUGAUGCGGCGGUUUGUUGAGGAGAACCGCAGGUUGAAGGGGCUCCCAGUGCCUGCGGCAACGCCCUCGCAGGCAACGGAUGCUCUGCAUUUCUCAUCCGCGGCGGACGCAGGAGUGCGAAAGGGCAAGUUGGCAGCGAAGCCGUCUGGAAAACCACUCAUGAAGGCGAAGCCCACCUCCGCUGUGCCACCGCAGCGGAGGCUGUCGCCCACCAGCCGCCCUGUAAGUCGCCAGCACUCGGCAAGAGGGUCUGCUUCGCUACUUGCAACCUUGGCAAAAAAGCAGCAGCAACCCUGUGGCCUUUCACAUGGAACGAGAUCGACGAUGUCGAACACUGGCAGAGGCCUGUCGGUCCCAUCAAAAACGCGAGCAGCAUCGCUGAAGGAAGGGUACUUUGCCGGUGGAGGGCCAAGGAAGAGCUUCAUUGAGAGCAUCACACUCUGCGAGGACGACACCUGGCUGCCUUUUUCUGGGGUGAAGAAGGCGAGGCGGAAAAGGCCGGCAACUAAGUCCGCGCCGGCGCCAAAGCCGCCUCCACGUCAACUGGCGAGGCAGCAGUACGACGAAGAUGCAACCCCGUUUGCCGGAGGGCGGGUUGCCUCCUCCUCGUCAAGACCCUCGCCGCAGAAGCUUUCCUUGGCAGGCGUCAGGGCUUCUUGGGACCGCAUGGGAGAGGUAGACGCUUUCGGUGCCGCCUCCCACCCUCGCGCCCUGUCCCUUUCUCGCAGGGAUGGUGCCAUCGGUGUCUCCUCGCGGGCCCUGAAGGUCCCGCGGAUGUCCAGUCGCUCCCUGCAUGCAUGGAAUGAGACGCCCUCCAACGUUGUCUUGCCAAAUGGCACGCUGCCGUCGCAGGAAAGGCCGGAAGAAAGUGAGGAAGUUCAGUGCGAUAUUUGGCGCACCGCCAGUGAGCAGGUGGAGGAUGACACUGAAAAGGGAGGGUGGAUGCGUCCGCUGCAGGAGGUAGGACGAGCUGAGCGACGCGCCACUCAUGACGCGGGUGGCGGCGGGAAACUUUACACACGUGGAAUGGACGACGCCGAGGAUGACGACGACGACGACGACUAUCAUGCGCUUUUUCAUGCGUUACAGCGACUGCGCCCGCGUCACCACCGUCUCAUUGACGUCCUCAAUGAAUCCACGACGAGAACGACGUCGGGUAAUGUGCGAGGAUUUACGAACUCCUUUGCGGCGUGCUCCGCGCUUCUUAAGGAGCCCCAGCAAUUGCUUGACAGUAGGUUCUUUAGGUCCACCACCACCGCCGCCGCCGCCUCACUAAGUUCUGGUGACCCGGGACGGGUGGCGUCAUUUGCCCUGGGUAUAACUGGGGUCCCGCUCUUUGAAACGCCGGAGAAGCGUCCCCAGUUUGUGGAGUUGUCGCCCCCUGCCAAAGUGUUAUACGCGGCGGUGCUGUACCUCCGAGCACUUGGUGGGUUUCCGACGCUGCUCCGCGUUAACCCACUCAGCACUGACAGCGGCGUCGUGGGCAAGGAGCACUGUGUGGAGCUUGUCUUUUGCCCGCUGUUACGCCCGCAGGCGGAGCAGAGUGCGCCUUCCGGCCCACCACAGACGACGCGGCUGCGAUACUCAAGUAUGGUUAACUCCAUCAUGGCGGCCCGGCACACCUCUGGGGGAGGCAGUCAGGGCGAGGGUGUGGGGCGGGAAGAGCGCACGGUGAUUGUGCGCUCUGUUCUAGCGGAAAAGUCCGUCGUGGAGCGCUUUGGGAAGGCGGAAGUUGUCCAUGUGCUGCCGCCCAUGUACGAUGAAAAGGCACCCUUUGGAGGCGGCGCGGAUAGCACAACCAGAAAGGAGCUGCUUGAAGCCAAAAGUGACGCCGUUCGGCAUCUUUUAAGCGACGCAGAGCCCAGGCGCGGGUCCACGGUUCGGUCGCGGGUGGCGCGCAGUGCCGCGUCCACGCGGGGCGUUGGCUACGGCGGGCGGAGCCAGCACGCCGACUACGGUGACCUUGCGGUGGCGUUUCUGAUGAGCGGGGGAUUGUCGAGCCUGAGCGAUGUGCCGCCGGAGCCCAUGGAACUCGAAGCCUUGCGGUACAAGGUCUACGCGCUCAGGCACCAGGAAUUGGCAGACGCCACGAAGAAGGAGGAUGUUGGCGCCGCCGGGCCACAGCGCUUUGCACAGCAGCAACGAGCCCAGCGGGGCAGCGUUGGCCUUAGCUUGCUGGCGGGCGAGGCUCAGCCGUCUUCCCCGCCUGGCAAGGAGCGAACGGCGUCAAAAACGCCUGCAGAGCGAACCCGGGGUGAGGUGGCGAAGGCGGAGGCCAUGCGGCGGCGGUUUCCGGCGUACGCGCCUGUGACAGUCGCGGAAUCCACCCUUGCGACCAUCACGGGUCGCGGCGCCGCGGUGGGUGUAGACGACCCACAAGUAGGCGCGUACGAGGGGCCGCACUUCUACAAGUUGCGUCUGCCCCGCCUCUACACCGACAUCGUGGAUGCCGUGCAGCUUGCGCUAGAUGUACAGGAUAGGCUGAAAACUGAGAAUGUUGCCCGUGCAAGGUUUUUCUAG